AAAAAAAAACGAACGGAGUAACCGACUUAACACGCACGUUAGUUUGAGUAAGUACCAGAAUUACUUUACUGCUGGUAAAAACUCGAGCAGGUCUGAAGAUAUUUAAACUAAGACACAAGGAAAAAUAAAUCAACUUCAUAACGAGGCAGAGUUUGAAUAAAAGAAAACAUGAUUCGAAAUCGAUAAUAAAAAUGUAAUGUUUUGUUUUUACAUAAACAAGGUUAUAAUCAGAUCAAAUGAGAUUUAAAAUCGGAACUUAGUGUAAAAUUAACACGAAGUAUAUUUAGAUGUGUUACGAGAGUGAUGUUUAGUGUAAACAGUGGUCCGAUAUGUUAUAGAAUUGAAUUCAUAUUUAAUAAACAUAACCGCCAGAAAGCUGAAAGCAUAAAUAUGUAUAUAAAGUACACUCUUACUGCUGCAAAAUGGGAGAUUUAUUUUCCCUUUCUAUCACCCGAGAGAACAAAAAAGAAAGGAUACAAAGGAUACAAAGGCAGAUAUAAGACACUUUAAAACGAACCUUGGCUUUUGUCUCUAAAAGCAACUGCUGUAGAAAAAAGACUACGAAGCGAGAAGAGUAAAAGAAAAAUCAACAUUUUUACGUUAUUUACCUUAACGUUACACGCGCUGGAAGAGUUCACGCGGAUACGUGAACGCGCAAGGAAAACCCGUAAUGAUAGGAGGAGACCGGCAGAACACGAGGGAGACGACCGCGGACCACUCAGUCACACAGAGCCCGGACGAACAGCAUGUCAGUGUGAGUCGGCUCCUUCCUUCCUGGUUCCGAAACCGUUACCCACCGCCCGAACCGAGAAGACAAUUUUAUUUUUGUCUUAUUUUGGAAAGAAUGGCCCGAGGAGAAGGUUCGGAGGCGAGCGCGGCGGGUUUACUCUCAUCUCCCGAUGAAGGACCCAUCGGAGACGUUAAGCAAAAGAACCAAAGAACCAGUCUGACUGUCUGCAACAAAAUAUGCUACGCUAUUGGUGGUACUCCUUACCAGAUCACCGGCAGUGCUCUGGGGUUCUUCCUCCAGCUCUACCUGCUGGAUGUGGCUCAGUUGGAUCCAUUCUACGCUUCGAUCAUACUGUUCGUGGGCCGGGCCUGGGACGCUGUUACUGACCCCACGGUGGGUUUUAUGGUCAGCCGGAGUAAAUGGACCAGCAUUGGCCGCAUGAUGCCCUGGAUUCUUUUCUCUACUCCGUUCGCAGUCAUAACCUACAUUCUCCUCUGGUUCGUGUUCCCGUUUGAAAAUGGGAAGUUCAUCUGGUGCCUGAUUUUUUACUGCCUCUUUCAGACAAUGCAGACGUGCUUCCAUGUGCCAUAUUCUGCCCUCACCAUGUUCAUCACCAGCGACCAGAAAGAGAGGGAUUCGGCCACUGCCUACCGUAUGAUGGUGGAGGUUCUCGGCUCACUUCUGGGCACCGCAGUCCAGGGACAGAUUGUUGGCGGUUCCACCCCGUGCAACGGGGAGGACAAUGUGACGGCGAGCAGUAACGUGUCCGUGGUUACUUUGGAAGACACGAGACAAGCCUACCUGAUUGCUUCCGGUGUCAUCUCCAUCAUUUACGUCCUCAGUGCAGCAGUCUUGUUUUUAGGCGUGAAGGAGAAAAAAGGGAUAAGACACAAAACGUCCAAACCCCUCACCCUCAGACAGGGCCUGUGGCUCGUACUGAGCCACGGACCGUACAUCCGUCUGGUCAUCGGUGUCCUCUUCACCUCUCUAGCCUUUAUGCUUCUGGAAGGAAACUUUGCUAUUUUCAUCACCUACACGCUCAAACACAGGAACGACUACCAGAAUCUUCUCCUGGUUGUUAUGCUGUCUGCAACUAUUAGCGUCCCCUGGUGGCAAUGGUUUCUGACUCGGUUUGGGAAGAAGACGGCGAUUAACUGUAGCAUGAUUUGGGGAAUACCGUUCAUGAUCAUAAUUGUGUCCGUCAAGAGCAACCUCAUUGUUUCCUAUUUGGUCUCAGCGGCGGCGGGCGCGAGUGUGGGAGCAGCUUUCUUUCUGCCUUGGUCGAUGCUUCCCGAUGCAGUGGACGACUUCAAGGUGAGAAACCCGGACAUCCGCGGCCACGAAGCUCUCUUCUACUCUUUCUACGUGUUCUUCAUCAAGUUUGCGUCCGGGAUCUCACUGGGCAUCUCCACCCUGAGUCUGAAGUUUGCUGGAUACGUAACAGGAAAGUGCAACCAGCCAGAGGUGCUGAACACCACCCUGAGAGUACUGGUCUGUCUGGUACCACUGUGCUUCAUCAUAAUAGGACUGUUGAUAUUAAGGACUUACCCCAUCGAUGAGAAGAGGAGGGAGAGCAACCAGAAGCAACUGCAGAAAUGUCUAGAGUCUGAAGAAAACUCAGAGUCUGAAACCACAGCACUUGGAAACACAGCGUAGCAGUGGGUGGAGGAGCAGCCACCACCACCACCACCUCUGGUUUUCAUGUUUGCACAGGUCGUAGAAGGACUAACACCUUUUACUGACAGAAGUGUCUUCUGCCCGUCACCUGCUGCCAUCACUGGGAAGGCCUUCCAUUGAACUACGCAAUCUUGUGCUGCCAUCUGGCGGCCGUGCUUCUCAUAAUAAAGUAUAAUUCGAGUAUUUUCCAUUAGGUUCAAAUGAGAGGUGCUUUAUUAAAAUGUGUUGUUUUUUUUAAAAAAAACUUGUACAACAUCUUAAUCGUUAAGGUGUUGAGAAGUAACCGUCGGAUCGACCAGUUGUUUAACAAACUCUGUGAAGUUUACAUUCUUACAACAUCUGUCGUCACUUUUUCAACCAGGUGACGGCCCUUUUCUUAUUCAUGGGUGGUGUUUUCACAACUGACUCGGUCCCUUUGUGAGUUACAGUAGCUAUAAAUAAGCGUGUGGCUCAUAAUUAGUGCCACCAUUUUUGUUCCUGACAGAAAAUGUUUCCAAUGCUGUACCACAGGAGACAUUUCAGCUUUUUACAGUGAGGCUCAGUUUCAUCAGAUUUCAACAGCAUGGUCAUUCAGUUGGUGUAUAGUUGCCUUCUGAAACAGCAGAACCAAUCAUUGCCCCCCACCCCCCAUAUUUUUUUUUCAAGAUUAGCAUUUAAGACUCUGUGAUCUGUGGUAUCUAUGUUUGUUUCCCAUUUACAGAUCAGUUACAUUCAACAGUUCCACUAACUUCAUCUUCGGGAGCUCUGUUACUAUUCCUCUUCGGUUAUACAUUGAAGUUGCAACAUGGAGAACCAACCUGUGGCAUCAUGUACUCUAUGAACUUACUUGAAUCACUCGCUUUCGUUUGUCUACGUUGUUUAUGUUUAAAAGGGUUUAAAUCACUUAUUUUUCCACCGAUAAUGAAAACCCCAUAACGCAAUGCCUGGGUUCUGUUAAAUGAUGUGUGCUCUAAAAAUAGUGCAAUGCCCUGGCGGCGGAGCAGUCAGAUUUAAGGGAGUAUAACUACUGUUAUGGAAGCACUUGUGUUUAAUUUGUUGGUAGUAACUGGGUUAGUGAAACCUGUUUUUUUUUUAGUUAAAAACAAAAAAACUACAUGUUUCCACAAUGUGAAUAAUGUGAGACCAGAACUGCAGCACAAGCUUAGAUUGUUCCAGAGACAAUCUGGUUCAAAUUAUCUUUAUCUGCUGUUAUACUAAAAGUUACAAAGAUUCUGUUCCACCAAAGAUCUAGGUCUUUGAAUUUGCACUAAAUGAAAAUCAAAAAAAAAAUUAAAUGUAAUUUUUGUGUUUAUUUUAUUUAUUUUUGUUAUUAUUUUUGGUGAACUUUUUUUUUUCUAAGUGUGACCUCAAUGAGCCAAUAAGUACAGUACGAUGUAAGUCAGAAAAAGAAAUAUUGUGCUGUAUUCAUUAAUAAAGUUUGCGUAAAUAUUU